UUUUCCAGUUUCCUUUUAGUAUGAAUUGAGCGCGCAAAUUGUGUGGACGUGAAUACUACUCUCUGGUUGCUGCUGGUUGACGUCUGCGAAGUUGAAGUGAAACUAAUUUGCUAUUUUCUUUUACUUCUUUUAUCGGCAAAUAAUUUGCUUUGGAUUUUAACGUUUAGGAAAAUAUGUAAAAAAAAAAAAUAUUUAAUUAAAAUUUAAAUAAGGAAAAUAAUAAUAAUUUUUAACAAGCAAUUGUACAAAAAUUAAAUUAUUCAAUUCUAUUAUUAAAAUAAUAUAAGAAAGAAUAUUGACAAUAUAUAAACCGGUGUGAUAGCACAGAAAUUCACAGACUUCAGCUUUGAAACUCAAAGGCAGCGCGACCACGUGUACAACAGAACUCAGUGGAGUGAGCGCGAAUGGUGAGCGAAGUUUAGUGCGAAAUAAAUACGUAUGUAUAUGUCUGUGUUAGAACAAACAAUCAACGCUCAGUGAAUGAGUAGAACAACGUUAAAGUGUAAAAAAAAAAAAUCAAAAACAAAAUAUACAAGCACAAAUGUAACAGCAUUCGCAUACGAAAUGCAAAUUUUGUCAACGUUGACAUGCUGAUAAGGCGUUUGGGGUGCGCGCGUAAAUGAAUGAGUAUGCCAUGAGAGCAGCUAUCAACCCAGCAGUAAAUGAGAAGUGAAAAGAAAAGCAUAAAAACAAACUGAGAAUUAAGAAAAUAAAUUCAAAAAAAUUGCCAAAUAUUUCAAAUUAACAAAAAAAAACUAAAUUAAAAACAAGCCAAAACGACUAUUUAACGCUUAAAAAUACAUUACGUUUGUGUAUGUGUGCGUGUGAGCGCGAAUAAGUAGGUGUGCGCAGGCGUACAUGCAAAAAAGACAAUCUCACAGCAAGCACUGGCUGAUGCAAUAAGACAAUUGGAUUGGCAGCAAACUAAUCGAAAUUUCGUAAGCCACGAAAAAAUAUAACAACAACAACUACGCAUGCGUAACAACGCUACUCAACAAAGCAAAAAAAUAUCUACUACAAACUCACACAAACACAACCCUCUUGCCAAAUAAACACACCUUCAACCCUUAAAGGACUUAAGUGGAGAAAAAAUUACAACAACAAUAAAAACAAAUACAAAAAAACAACAAAACGAUAAACAACCCAUUCUACCUCCAAAUCGAAAAAAGCGUAGAAGUAAAACACUCAAAACAAAACACCUCGAAACAACAUUCCAACAACAAAUAACUCAAAUUGAGUUAAAUUUUGCAAUUCGAAAGUAAAACAAGCAUACAAACACAAACAAACACACACAAACAAUGGCACGCAUACAAGCCGGUGAUAAUCUUGUACCUCGUCCCAUCUUCGAUACACCCGUCAAUUCAACCGCCGAUGUCGCACAACAACACCACAAUCAUUCAACAGACAGUUCGAGUCAAGGUUCGGGUGUUAAGUUGAAAAAACAAAUUGGUCUACUCGAUGGUGUUGCUAUAAUUGUGGGCGUUAUUGUUGGCGCCGGCAUAUUUGUCAGUCCCAAAGGUGUACUCAUUUAUUCGGGUUCAAUUGGUCAAUCGUUGAUUGUUUGGAUAUUAUGCGGGGCAUUGAGUAUGGUUGGUGCGCUGUGUUAUGCCGAAUUGGGCACAAUGAUACCAAAGUCCGGUGGAGAUUAUGCUUACAUCGGUACCGCAUUCGGACCACUACCCGCAUUCCUUUAUCUCUGGGUGGCACUGCUGGUGCUCGUGCCAACUGGAAAUGCUAUAACAGCGCUGACAUUCGCACAAUAUUUACUACAACCAUUUUGGCAAUCCUGCGAUGCGCCCAUUGCAGCGGUCCAACUGCUGGCGGCAGUGAUGACAUGCAUACUCACGGUCAUCAAUUGUUACAAUGUACGUUGGGUGACACGCGUCACAGACAUCUUUACCGGCACCAAAGUCUUUGCACUGUUGGUAAUUGUCGCUGCUGGCGUUUGGUAUCUCUUCGCUGGACACACCGAACAAUGGGAUGAGCCGAUGCGUGGCACUUACACGAAACCCGGCAUGAUAGCGCUGGCCUUCUACAAUGGUCUCUUCUCAUAUUCCGGUUGGAAUUAUUUGAAUUUCGUUACCGAAGAACUGAAAGAUCCGUAUAAGAAUUUACCACGUGCCAUUUGUAUUUCCAUGCCUGUGGUGACACUCAUUUAUGUGGUGACAAAUAUUGCCUACUUUUCGGUGCUUUCACCCGAGGAAAUGUUGUCAUCGGAUGCGGUCGCUGUAACGUUCGGCAAUAAAAUGCUCGGUUUUAUGUCUUGGCUGAUGCCCUUCUUUGUGGCCUGCUCCACUUUUGGUUCGCUGAAUGGUGCCAUAUUCGCAUCGUCACGUCUAUUCUUUGUUGGCGCACGUAAUGGUCAUCUACCAGCGGCCAUAUCGCUCAUCAAUGUGAAUUGCUUAACGCCCGUGCCGUCGCUGAUAUUUUUGUGCGCCAUUACCUUGGUACUGCUCUUCAUUCGAAAUGUCUACUCACUCAUCAACUACGUCAGUUAUGUGGAAGCGCUCUUUACGUUGCUCUCCGUCUCGGGUCUCUUGUGGUUGCGCUAUAAACAACCGAAAACCGAACGACCUAUACGUGUCAAUCUCGUUUUGCCCAUACUAUUCUUGCUCACUUGUCUCUUCCUUGUGAUCUCAUCGGUUAUGGAGUCGCCUGUGGAAGUCGGUAUCGGCACAGUUAUCAUACUCUCUGGCAUUCCCAUCUACUACCUGACCAUACAUCGACCUGUCAAAUGUUUAACGAACUUGUCACAAGCGAUAAACCUCUGGUGUUCGAAAUUCUUUAUUUGUAUGCCAAAUCAGGAGAAAUUUGAUUAGAGUUUAAGCGUUAAAUAUUAAGUUAGGCUAAUGUAUAUUGACUUUUGUGAGACGAGGCAGAAAAGGAAACCGUUAACUUCCGACAAUAUUUAGGGAACCUCAUAUACACAUUUUAUAGAAAAUAAAACAAUAUUCUUAAAAAAUAUGGAUCUAAAUGGAUAAAUUACGUGCUAAAGUGCCUUGAGAUGUCAGGCAGGAAAUAUAAAAAAUGUUUUGAAAUUAUUAAAAAUUAUUAAAAAAAAAAAUAGUUUAGAAAACGUGAGCUUUGAGCAUUUUUGUAUAGAAUAAUAUUAAUUCUUUACUCGUUUGACAAUACAGAUCCUUAAAGCUCAAUCAGCCAAAAACGUACGGACUCAGCUGUUACGACCCACCGUCUUAUGAGAGCACCAUCGCUAAACGGUUAUGUCUCUGACGGUUAUAUAAGAGAAAUCAAAAGCGAUUUAUUGCUUCCCCAAACCCUGCUUAGCUGAUUGUUCGCUAUUUUAAAAGGUUGCUAGAUGGAGUUUUAUAACGCUACACUGCCAUCAAUGCAGGCUUAGUAGGCGGUUGUGGAGGGUCACCUUUGGCUCUGGCCACGAUUUAGUUCUUUUUUAAUAUUCGCAUAUUAACUAUUUUCGAAGAUCAAUGAUUGUUCGGUUUUCGUGUGCCAGUUGCGUUUCACGUACCGUGAUUCCGUCAAUCCGAUUGUUUUGCAUCAGUGUUACUAAUAUCUAAUGCUUCAAGAAUCUCCAAAGAGCUCUCAUCCCGGUAUUGCUUCACCAGUUGCUUAAUAUCAGUUUGCCAGAUACCACGAGUAUCCUUCUUAUCGAAUUUUCUGUGACUGAAUGGGGCUAACCGCUACUGGGUACGGUAUUCAAUUGAGCCAAAUUAAAUUUUCGGCCAGUUCCGGUGGCGCCUCUUAGCUUUUUAUAGCAGAAAAGAAUAGCAUUAGGUAUUUUAAUCAGAGUUUUUUACAUUUUCAAAGCAAAAUAAUUUCCCACACCACAAACGAUUUACAGCGCCAUCUCACAGUAUGCCUGUAAACUAACAGCUGGUAACAUAGCAGCUGAUUUCGCCGUUGCAAGCAAUUUUUUCUCUUACGCACGGAAGGAAGGUGCGACAGAUGGCCGUUUGAGCUAUAAUCUUACGGACGUGUUUUGUAAUAAACUAAAGUUCGGUGGCUCGGUUCAUGGCCGCCGUAAAUACUAAUUUCAAUCUUUAAAAAUAAAUACAAUAUCAAAAAAUAACUAAAAAUUCUAUUGCAUAAAAUGUUUUAAAAUAAAUUUCUUAAAGUAGUUUCCUUUGAAUAUUGUUGUUGAUUCAAGCCAGAAAGUACCAGAUGAUAUGCUAAUAAAAAUAUAAAUAUAUAUAUUUUUUUUUAAUUUUCUUCACCAAUUUAUGUGAAUAUUGAGACAGUUUCCAUAUUUGGUAAAUAUUUUAUACAAAAAUGUAGCAACUGAAAAGCAUCAAACUUCAUAUAUACGUCUAUGUAUAUAUUUGCGAGUACGAGUAUAUAUAUAUACAUAUAUGUACAAUUCGCCGAAGCGAUUUCUUCAAAUUCCAUUUUUGAAAGACCGCUUCUAAUGAUACGCAUAUUAUACAUACAUAUAUACAUAUUUAUUUUCUUGGAAUAUUUUUUUAACCUAUAAAAUUAUUUCGAAACUGUUUCCCAGACUUCUAAACUUGUUCAAAAUAUUUUUAUAUAAUUAUAAAUAUCUCUAGUUAUUUUUAUGACAUUCAAUUCCUUAAGUGAUUAUACAACAGCAACAACAAAAUAUUACUUUAAGUAGCUGUAUUGUAAAUAUUACAUUUUAAUGCU